UCGAUCACCCCGCGGUCUCUUUCGCGCCGGCGUUACCAUUUCUUUGUCGUUUCAUACCUUUUACCGACAUCUGUUUCAUAGGAAAACGACAAAUCUCGUUGGCCGUACGAUGAAGAUGGAAUCGAGCAGGCUGUUCCUCGCAGUGGCUGCGAUGAGCAUGACGAUGUCCUUGGCGACCCCGAUCAUUCCCGUGCCGAGAAAAGUGGCAAGCGAGGCUGUCGAUGGGAAUCCCAGUUCCGAAGAGUCGAUCGCAAGACGUCAAAAGGCGACCGGCCCCUGCCUCCGUAUUGCUCCAGACUUACCGCCCUGCAACUUUGACGUGCAGGCCACUUGGCGUUCAACGAGCGGUGAGAUCUUUCGCGGUGCUCCAGGAUCCGGUUACCCCUCGGGGUCGGCCACGGAAUUUUUACCCGGCGGAAGUGGCGACGAUAUUCUGAAGGGUAACCCCGUCGUGUUGGAAGAGGGCGGCGCGACGUUACCGAGGCGGAAAAGUAUCGAGGAAUUUGAGCUUUACGCAAACGAUAUUGCCGUCACCAUAGUUUAUUAUUUAGAGGGUUGCUUACCCUCGAGACUACCCUUUGAUCUUCCGACCUGUCCUGUCGAGGAGUCGCGGAAGAUACAGUUGAACAAGCUGAUCCCCUUCCAGCUGCCCGACAUCUACGACGCGAUGAUAUUCCCCGAGAUCGACGUCGAACAGAUCGAAAUCGCUCAUCGUCGAAACAUGCAGAAUAUACCUGCUCGGACCGUGAGCCAUGAGGCAAGUAAGGACGAGUAUGAGAGAGAAAAAGAUGGCGGGCAUCGUAAAAUCGAGACGAGUUACACGGACCUGGAUGAUUCGGCGAAGGGCUCGGGAGCGGGUUUUCAGGACUUCCACAGUACGAUUGCGAAGAAGAGUAUGAGGCCGAGGACGGGGAUGGCUAGCACGAAGUAUUCGAAGAAGCUACCAGCGUCCGGACAGGUCCCGGCAGACUCGGGGUAUCCUUGGACGACUGUAAAAAACGAGGAGAGAUCGGUUGGUGUGGUCGAAGAGGAGCCGCGAACAGUUACGAAGUUCGACCCCCUGCAGGAGGGGAUCGGGGAAAACAACCGGGUUGAACUUCCCGCGGGGAUCGAUGCCGGGAGCAGAGAAACGAUCGACGGAGCGACGGAGGUCGUCGAUACCCUCGCUAGGUAUAAAAAUAGGGCGCAGUGAGUGAACGGGGCGAUUUAUAUUAUAGUCUCGAGGCGAGCCAACGAACGAAAAAUACCGUUUGGCGGGACGUUUUUCGAACAGCUGGGCAAGGUCCAUUUUCUAGGGUAUAUGUAGGUGUAAAGAUUAGGUCGAGAUAGACGAGCUUUCGACGGGGAUGGAAUUCCUGCGGGCGAAGCCCGGAAAACGGCAAACUGAGAAACGGAGUGGCUUGGCUCAGGGGUAGCUCUGCAUAACCGAAUUACCGGCUCGCCCCUCGGAGCUAUUUUCCUGCAGCCUGGAGAUCGAGACCUAAACGCUUAAGCAACGUGCACGGGAAUUAGAUCCGGAGUUUUGAACACUUUUGCCGUCUUCGUUGGCUCGAAAUUCGUUAAGCGUCAUUUUUUUUAGCAACGCUGCAGAUGCAGCGGGAGGACAAACGAGGCGAAUAAAAUUCAUUUCGGGGUUGAACAAUAUCCGAUGAUUGCACCGUUCGGAUCUAUGUACGUAUGCAUGUACGGACACACUUGCGAUUCAUUGAUUACGUGUACAGUUGAUGCCUGGCCAGCAUUGGAGACAAAGAAAAAAAAAAAUAAUCAUUAGAACUGAUUGUAUUCUUACGAUUUUUAGGGAAACGUUGAGGCUUGUUCCAGGAAUGCAU